UUUGAGGAACUCUUUACGUUUUCCAUACAGGACAGUGCUAUGUUUCAUUUCAUUCUCCCUGCGGAAGAAAUUGAAGCCAAAGAAGCCUGCGACUGGCUGAGGGCUGCUGGCUUUCCUCAAUAUGCUCAGUUAUUUGAAGACAUGCAGUUUCCUAUUGACAUCAAAACUGUGAGGAAAGAUCAUGAAUUUUUAGAUAUUGAUGCUAUUGAAUCUCUAUUCAGACGGUUAAACACACUAAACAAAUGCGCAGCAAUGAAAGUGGAAAUAAGUCGACAGAGGAAGAGGAGUGAUGAAUCUGAAGAUGAGGAACCUUGUGCAAUAAGUAACAAAUGGGCUUAUGAGAGGUGCAGUCAGAGAUGGUCUCGUCUGGAAAGCCUAGACGGUUCCCCUGGAGAAGAAGGUUCUAGUGCAUCAGUCCCAGACAGUCCAAGACUUAAGAGCACUGGUAGUGAGGAUAUAUCCUUUUCAGACCAUGGUGGGAAACAUGAUGCAUCCUCAAUCCACAGUACUAGCAGUGGAGACAGUGACAUUAUUGGCUUCCCAAAGACUUUUGAAGAUAUUGAGACCAGCAGAAGUUCCUCAAGGUGUUCCUCGAGUAAAGUGGCCUCACCGGAUUCCACCCUUAGUGGGUCUCCUUCACCCAGUGAAUUCUUAAGCAUCAUCAGUGAAGAUAAGUUUUUGGACAAGCCACUGCAUAAAAAGGGAAAGAGCUUUCUAAAGAAAAUGGAGAAGUUGGCCAUAAAGAACACCAGUCUGAAGAGAGAUGGUCACUCAAAGGUUAAACCCAUAAUAAGUGAACCUGUUCUGCUGGAAGGACUUGAUGAAGAAAAGCUGAAAAACUUUAACUGUGUGAAUAUUUGUGACCUAUCAGAUAGUCAAAUGAAAAAGAAUUCUUCCUAUUCUCCCCAGACUUGUAGCAGCAGCAGCCCAUCUGAAAACAGUAGCACAGUCAGCACCCCGAGUCCUGUUAUCAAAGUCAGGAGCCACAAUAAAAGAGGAGGGAUGUAUGCAGAGGACUUUGAUUCUAGUAAGCUCUUGCUGUGGAGUGAUAUAUCUGAGCAAAAUUUAAACAACGAAAUAAACUUGCAGGCUAACCAAAUGUUUCAAAUACCGCAAGGCCAUAAGCCUGGGACAUUCCCUAAAGCACUUACAAACAGUUUCCUUUCACCAAUGGACAAUACUUCUGUGAACUGGAGAACUGGAAGCUUUCAUGGAUGCAGAAGAAAUAGGAUUAGAACCAGUCGUAAGGACUCUGAAACCCCCGCAAGCCCUCUUUCAUUCAUGGAUAACAGGCUGAGUAUAUAUGACAAUGUGCCCAGCAUACCUUUUCAUCUAAAUAAAGUGGAGGCAGAAGUUGGUGACGACGAUGUUUUUUCAGAACUCGACAAUGUUAUGGAACAUGUUAAUGGGCUCAGAAGGCUGGUUAGUCAGUGGACUGAAAAGUUCUCAGAUGAUGGAGACUCUGACUUUGCUAAUGAUACAACAUCUCCUUGCCCAUCCUUCCCUAAAGAAAUACACCUUGAAAUAAAGCAUUCAGAAGGGAAAGUGGAAAAUCUGUCCACAGUUGAAGGAGAACAAAACUGCGGGAACAUCGGUGACCUCCCAUAUGUAACUGACUCGGAGACUGGAUCCCACUCUAGCAGGCACACAAGACAGCGCUGGUCUACAGAAGAGAGUGGAAACUUGGAAAGCCUUUCUGUGCAAAUUGAUAACCAGUCAGCGGCCCACUUAAACCGAAUUCAGAAACUUGCUUUGUUGAAACUCACUGCUUUAAUGGAUAAAUAUUCACCAUCCAGCAAACAGGGCUGGAAUUGGAAUGUUCCAAAGUUCAUUAGAAAAAUAAAAGCCCCUGACUAUAAGGACAAAAAUGUAUUUGGGGUUCCGUUACUUCUAAAUGUUCAGAGAACAAGUCAUCCACUUCCUAGGGGCAUACUUCAGGCCAUGGAGUACUUAAGAAGACACUUUCUUGACCAGGUUGGUCUGUUCAGGAAAUCAGGUGUUAAAUCUAGGAUCCUUUCUUUAAGGGAGAUGAAUGAAAAUGACCCAAGCAAUGUAUGUUACGAAGGCCAGUCAGCAUUCGAUGUGGCAGAUAUGGUAAAGCAGUAUUUUCGAGACCUUCCUGAACCUAUAUUCACUAGCAAGCUCUGUGAAUCCUUCCUCCACAUCUACCAAUACUUGCCAAAGGAUCAACAAUUUCAUGCUGUCCAGGCUGCCAUUCUUCUCCUCCCAGAUGAAAAUCGUGAGGCUUUGAAAAUCCUUCUCUUCUUUCUCCAUGAUGUGGUGGCUUUUGUUGAGGAAAACCAGAUGACUCCAACCAACAUUGCAGUCUGUUUGGCACCAUCUUUGUUUCACCUCAGUACCCUAAGACGGGAGAGUUCAUCAUCAUCAACUAGGUCCAGCCAGAGGAAAUACAGCCUGGGAAAGCCAGACCAGAGAGACUUGAGUGAGAACCUGGCAGCGACACAAGGCUUGGCCCACAUGAUAAUAGAGUGCCACAGACUCUUCCAGAUGCCUGACUACUGUCUUGAGCAGUGUGGUGAUGACUUGCAUGACCAAAAAGUCCUGAGCGAAGGGGCCUCAAAUCAGACCACCCCGAUCAAGCACUCCGCUAUGUUGAUUUCCCUUGAGAAUUCCAUGCAGGACCUGCUUCGGGAUGCCAAGGAAAAGUUCAAGAGCUGGGUUGCUUGCUCAAACGUGGAGCGUGUGGAAUUAGCACAUAAAAAGGUGGAUGAUAAUUACCAUAUCCGGCUAUGGAAGGCAUCCACUGAAAUAGACGCUGCUCCUAAACUAAUCCUCCAGCGCAUCUUGACAGAACAGCAUCAGUGGGACCCAAGCCUGCAGCAGACUAAGAUCCUAGAGACCUUGGAUGACGAAACAGAUAUUUAUCACUAUACAACAGAAAGCAUGUCUCCCCUUCCAGCACGGGAGUACAUUGUUUUGAGGACCUGGAGGACCGAUCCCCAAAGUGGCACCUGCAUUUUGGCAGCUACCUCAGUCAACAGCGAAGGAGCUACUCUGCAUGGGAUUUUAGCGCAGGUCCUGCUGUGCCAGUAUCUCAUAGAAGCAGUUGGGUCUCAGAAAUCCAAAGUAACUCAUGUCUGUCGAAGAGACACAAGGGGACGAACAACAGAAUGGUACAACAGGGUUUUUGGCCAUAUAUGUGCUGCAGAACUGCUAAGGAUAAAGGAUUCCUUCCAGUACCUCCACACAAAAGAAACCAAAAUCUGAAGCACUUGGAUUUUCUAAAUAGGUGCUGAGAAAUGAACUGCUUCUGUGCUGCCAUUUUCAAAGCUUCAACCAAAGUCGGUGGUUCUCAACUUUUCUGGACUUGAGGCAUCCCUCCAUAAAUUUUGUGAAUUGAGUGGCAUCCAAUUUCAAAAACUAGUUAGAUAUUACAGUGCUUAACAGGGCCUGGAAGAAAAGGGGGUUGUUCUGGCUUAUCUACUUAUCUCCUCGCUCUUCAAGACAUCCUCCAAAGGAUCUGUGGCACCCCAGGGUGCCCUGGCAUCCUGGUUGAGAAUCACUGGCCUAAGUAAACAAGCCUCUCCACAUUUUCAAAUCAAUAAACCAAGAUGCAACUGCUAAUGGAACAACUGAAAUGUAAAAUAGUAACAUUAUAGGGCUUUUGCAGUUCAACAAAGUUGUUCUUGAACUGCUUGCACAAAGAUUAGGAAAAUGUCACUGUGUAUAUAUAUAUGUAUAUAAAAGGUUAAAUUCAAUUUUUACCUCCAGGAAAGAGACAAAAUAUGCUACUUAGAAUUAUAGUUAUUAAGUUAUUAAACUAAGAACAUUAUAUUUUUUCCAUCUAUGCAUUAAGAGAGUGCUCUAGCAUUCUAGAGUGUUGUUUCUUUUCAUAUAUCAGCUACCCUAUUCAAUAAAAAACUUUGAAGAUAAUUUCAGCAACAUGGUAACAAGCUGAAAAUAAGCAACAGAAUGGUGUGUUUUUAAUGUUAAUGUUAUAUUUGCUCUGUUUUAUGGUAGAUAAACAUUUUAGUCUGAGCUGUUGAUACUCCUGUGAUACUGCCUUUUUGUAUAACUCUUGCCUGGAUGGUUUUUGAACAUUUGUGACUGACAUUCCUGCACGUGAGAGAAGAAGCCAUCAAUUUUCA